AUGUCUAAAAAAAUGAAAUUAUUCAACAUCUUUCUAAUUAUCUGUAUCGCCUGCUAUCUGUUCUUACCAGUAUUCUGUCUAUCCACACAAGUUACUUCCAAUGGCGUUACAUAUUUAGGAUUUCAAAAUGGAAACGUUUCUUCCUUUAUUGGAAUUCGUUAUGGACAAGAAACCUCUGGCAAUAAUAGAUUCAAGAUUACUGUACCCUUCCUCUAUGAUCAAUCCUCUGUGGUCAAUGCAACUUCAUUUGGCCACGUUUGUCCACAACCAACCACUGCCACAACUUUACUUUCGGCCAUGAGUGAAGAUUGUCUUAAUCUGAAUAUUUGGACACCAAUGUUGAAUGAAAGUGUGCAAGUUAUGGUUUGGAUUCAUGGUGGUUCAUUCACAAGUGGUUCAGGUUCUAUCUAUGAUGGUUCGUAUUGGUGUUCGAAAGCAGCCGAAAUGGGAAUUCCAGUAGUUCUUGUAACUAUUAAUUAUAGAUUGGGAUCUUUGGGUUUCUUAUCUGAUAAGACAAGUGGUGUGAAUGGAAACUUUGGUUUAUACGAUCAAUUAGAAGCUAUCAGAUGGGUCAAAGUAAAUAUUCGAAACUUUGGUGGAAACCCUGACAAGAUUACCGUAGCAGGAGAAUCAGCAGGUGGCAUGUCCAUAGCAUGUCUACUCUCCACCUCCAUUUUCUCUUCAGAAAACCUCUUCCAACAAUCAAUCAUUCAAAGUGGAAUUCUUCCAAGCUCAGUUUUACAAAAUACUUUGGACGGAGCUCAAGCAUUUACAAAUAUUUUGAAAUCAAGAGUUUCCUGUUUCACACUAGCUUGUUUGAGACAAUUACCAUUUGCAGAUUUCAUUACAGCUCAGAGAAAUAUGACCUUUGUUCCAGUAGUUGAUGGUCAACUUUUAUCCGAAACUAUUUAUCAAAAUUUAGACAAGGUCAAUAAUCCAAUCUCCAAUAUUUCCAUGAUGGUUGGAACGACCAGGAAUGAAACCACUGCAUUCACCUGUGAUAGAGGAUCUAAUCUCAAUAUCUAUCAAUUAUAUGUCCUCUUCAGAACUCUCUUCAAUAUGGAACCUCUCUCAUCAAUUUUCGAGUUGUUGGCACAAGUGUCCAUUCUCUAUGGUGGACAGGGGACUUAUUCGAGUAUUUUGCAAUUCUUUAAUGUGUUUAUGACGGAUGCAUUGUUUUAUUGUCCAGCUCGAUAUUAUUCAUCGGUGGUUUCAGAGAUGCAGAAGAAUGUUUCGUCUAAAAGUAGAGUGGAAAGGAAUGUUUAUCAGUAUGUAUUUUCGUAUGUCCAACCGAAAUUGGGUCCUUGUUAUGGAGCUCCACAUGCUUCUGAAUUGCCUUAUUUGUUUCCAUCAAUUUUGGACGAAAUUAAGAAUAAUCCAGAUUUGAGUGGAAUGUUUUCUGAUUCUCAAAAUUUAGAAUUUUCAGAUAAGGAUCGAAAAAUAUCUGAUUCAAUGAUUUAUUAUUGGACUAAUUUUAUCAAAUAUGGAAAACCAGAUGGAGAAAAUCCAAAAGAAGAAUUCCCAAAUUGGAUUUCGUUUAAUAGAUGUGAAGAGAAGUUAUUGUAUAUUGACAUCCCUCUCAAGAUGGAACAAGCAAUGAAAGAAACAAUUUGUAACUUUUGGGACGAUCAAUUUGGAAGAAAGAAAAUUGAGAAACAUUGUUGA